GAAUUCACCGACAGCGAAUUCACCAAGUGGCACGCGGCCAUCCGCGACGCGAACAAACGCGCUCCAACUAUGGACUACGUUCGUUCCAAGAUCGCUGAAGUCCGCGACGCGCUUAUGUACGAGUUUAAGGAAGAAGACAUAGAGAAGAUAGUAGCCGAGAAAGAUAGAUUCCGCUCGCAUCCCACCAACUACGCCAUGAAGAAGACGCAGCUCAUGAAGGAACGCGACGUCGCGCAGCUCAGGCAAGUCCCAGGUUCCGUUCCCAGCAGGGACACGAAAACUUACUAUUGCUUUAUUGUAGCCAAACUUAUUCCACCGCAAGAGCCCGAGAAGCCUAAAGCCAAGCCGGCUGGCGACAACGCGAGCCUGUAUUCGCUGCACGACUUCGAAAUCAACAUCGACCUCGACCUGCCCGUUGCCA